UGCGCAUGCUCUGUUCCUGCUACGUGAAGUACGUAGCUUUGCGCCGUUUGCGGCCGUGGCGGCGGGCAGGGCCUGAGCGGUGCGACGCCGCGUGACUCAGCGAAAAUGAAGAAUUUAUACAUUUUCAUUGCUGUCCUGUUCAUCCCGUGGGGUUUUUCUUUGGCCAAGUACGAUGAAUUUGAAGAUGGAGAUGACAUUAUGGAAUACGAUGACAAUGACUUUGCUGAAUUUGAAGAUGUUAAUGAAGACGCAGUCACAGAAUCCCCUCAGAGGAUCAUCACUACAGAAGAUGAUGAGGAAGAAGCCACUGUAGAGCUUGAAGGUCAAGAUGAGAAUCAGGAGGACUUUGAUGACACAGAUGCACAGGAAGGUGACACUGAGAGUGAGCCUUAUGACGAUGAGGAGUUUGAAGGCUAUGAAGAGAAACCAGAUGCAUCUCCUGGCAAAAAUAAAGACCCCAUAACAAUAGUUAAUGUCCCUGCUCACCUUCAGAACAGCUGGGAGAGUUAUUACAUGGAGAUCCUGAUGGUAACAGGUCUGCUUGCUUAUAUCAUGAAUUACAUCAUUGGGAAGAACAAAAACAACCGUUUGGCUCACGCGUGGUUCAAUACUCACAGGGAGCUGCUGGAAAGCAAUUUUGCUCUUGUUGGGGAUGAUGGCACUAAUAAAGAAGCUACAAGCACUGGGAAACUAAAUCAAGAAAAUGAACACAUUUAUAACUUGUGGUGCUCUGGAAGGGUGUGCUGUGAAGGAAUGCUCAUCCAGCUCAAGUUUCUCAAGAGGCAAGACCUGCUGAACGUCCUUGCACGUAUGAUGAGGCCAGCUUGUGACCAAGUGCAAAUAAAAGUAACGAUGAAUGAUGAUGAUAUGGACACCUACGUGUUUGCUGUCGGAACGAGGAAAGCACUGGUGCGACUUCAGAAGGAGAUGCAGGACCUGAGUGAGUUCUGUAGUGAUAAACCCAAGUCUGGUGCAAAGUAUGGGCUUCCAGAUUCCCUGGCUAUCUUGUCGGAGAUGGGGGAGGUCACAGAGGGAAUGAUGGACGCAAAGAUGAUACAUUUCCUCACGCACUAUGCUGACAAGAUCGAGUCCGUCCAAUUCUCGGACCAGUUCUCCGGUCCAAAACUUAUGCAAGAGGAGGGUCAGCUUACAAAACUGCCCGAAACUAAAAAGACACUUUUGUUUACAUUUAAUGUGCCUGGUUCAGGCAAUACUUCCCCAAAGGAUAUGGAGUCUUUGCUGCCUCUGAUGAGCAUGGUUAUCUACUCUAUUGACAAAGCAAAGAAGUUCCGUCUGAACAGAGAAGGUAAGCAGAAAGCUGAUAAGAACAGGGCCCGUGUGGAGGAGAACUUCCUUAAACUGACUCAUGUGCAGAGACAGGAAGCCGCCCAGUCCCGUCGAGAGGAGAAGAAACGAGCAGAGAAGGAGCGAAUCAUGAAUGAGGAGGAUCCAGAAAAACAGCGUCGGCUGGAGGAAGCUGCGUUGCGGCGUGAACAGAAGAAGCUUGAGAAGAAGCAGAUGAAGAUGAAGCAAAUCAAAGUGAAAGCUAUGUGACUUCACUGUGAGAAGCCUGUCUCUUCGCCACCUGCAGAAUUUGAAUUCACGGGGUGCAAAGACCUCCUUAACUCCACAGUCCUACAAUUCUUUGAACACUACUAGCCAUUAAGGGAAACGUUCCCUGCGUUGGUGUUACUUACUUAAGUAUUACAGCGACAUUGCAGGUUUAUGUACAGGGCUUUGUCUCAGCAGUUUUAUUCCAGGUGGUAUAAAUUUUUGCUACUUGUUUGGGAAAAAAAAAUGCAAUAUUCUUGAACGCUCUUUGUCAUUUAUUCUUCAAAAACAUGAGAUUGUAAACAUGUCCGUGUAUGCUGGUAACAUUAAUGCUUUGGUUUUAAACUUUGGUUUUAGCUGUUAGGAAGGAAGAGAGGAUUUCUUAAAUUAAGGGGAAGAAAACUGCACAACAAGCAUUUACUGUGCAUUUAUUUGCAUCAAGCUUUUAAAGGCACAAAACUCAAAGCCUUCCAUACACAAUAUGGAUACUUCAGGGAUUUAAGCCCAGUAGAACAGAAACUAUUUUUCUUUUCUUUACAAAUAAGGUACUGGUUCACCUGUAAGCAUGAUAGGUAACGUAGGUGGUUAGAUACCAGGGAAUGGAGUAUGUGAGCAUCGUUUCCUACUUGUGGUUUUGAAUGCUGCGACCUUAAUACAAUGUAAAAUUGUAAUGUCGGCGUCGUGUUUCUUUAGGAGUGCAUGGUGAGUUGAGCAGCUUCAACUAGCCUUCCUGGAAUAUUUUAACUGUAAAAACUUGCCUCAAGAACAUUUCUCUUGGUCUUAGCAGCUGCUGCAUAAUUCACUUCAGCAAGAAGCUAGGUUCGGUGAAGUAUCUGCAAUUCAAUUUCCCCAAGGAAGUGAAAACGUUCCAGAGGACGUCUCGUCUUGUCUGAUAAGCAGUCAUUUCAGGUUUUUAGUAUAAGUGGGGGGAAGUGAAUGCCCUUGUGCAAACACUUCACUGAGAGAGCUCUGCAUUUUAUAAAUGCUUCCAGUCAGAAGGCAUUACAUUGUUGCUGUGACAGACUUCUUACAGUUUUGUGGGGAAACAGUGUCUUGCAUUUUCUUGUUCAAUGAUUUGUGCAAACUUUGUUCUUAGGCAAUAAGAAUGAUCUGCUGUUGAAACAACACUUGCUUAAAGCUCUUGUUCCAGCAUGGGGGUACUUCACAUGGAUUUAAAUGCAAAAGUCUGUAACCUGAUCCAUGCAAAUAUGUGAAAUUUUAUAAUGGUUGGUAAAGUUAAUUUAAAACCAAAACUAAGGUAGAUCAUGUGAAAUUUUAGCACUAUUUAGCUUUGAAGAUUUAAUAUGAUUGUGUUUCAAAAGGUUCUUUGAAAAGAAAUAUGGUUUGUGCUCUCUUGAAGAAGCGGACAGCUUUCCCCAAGUCCCAUGGCAGCUAAUUUUGUAAUUUGAACAUUCAAUGAACUACCUAAUGAAGAGUAAAGGAUCAUUGAAACACUC